AUGUUUGUCUGUAUAUUACUAUAUUUGGUUUCUCAAGCUGGAAAAAUCCACUCACGAUUGAAUCUAAAGCUUCUUCUUCAAUUUCCAUUGAUACCAACUAUCGUCGUUGGUCAAAAUUUGGAUCCUUAUGAGAUUACAUAUUGUUACAAGAUGAAUGACGAAUUAAUCUUGCUGGAUUGUUGGGCAAGUUCAUAUGGAAUGAGGGUCAAGAUAGCACUUGCAGAAAAAGGGCUUGAGUACGAGUGUCGUGAAGAAAACUUUCAAGAAAAGAGUCAUUUGUUACUAAAAUCUAACCCAAUUCAUAAAACAAUCCCUGUUUUGGUUCACAACGGAAACCCCAUUUGUGAGUCUCUCAACAUUGUUCGCUACAUUGAUGAAUUUUGGCCCCACAAAUCUCCAUUGCUUCCUAGUGACCCUUACAAAAGGUCACAAAACUUGUUUUGGGCAGACUAUAUCGACAAAAAGAUUUAUAGCAUUGGGAAAAGAGUAUGGAGGGGAAAAGGUGAUGAAGAUCAAGAAAUAGCAAAGAGAGAAUUCAUAGAAUGCUUGAAAAAGUUGGAGGAUGAAUUGGGAAAUAAACCAUAUUUCGGGGGUGAAAAUGGCCGGCCCAAAGGCAGGACGAACUGGGCCACUGCCCAGGGCAUCACAUCAUAUAGGGGCAUCACUUUUCAACAAGUUGCUACUGGUGUUGAAAUUAUUUUUGGCCCAAUCUUGUCAAUACCUGGAUCACGAAUGCAAAUGCAGCUUUUGGAGGCGGGGAAAAGGAGACCUACUGGGACACUGUUCUUACUGCCCUUAGCGAUUGAUGUCAUUGCAAUGGGCAUGUUGCUGUUAGAAACACAUAAAGGAGAAAUCAUAGUCAUCUAUGUAGACUACAAUGACUCAAAAAAUAAUCGAGGAAGAUUGAUUUUUUUUCAACGUUCUUCUCCAUCUCCGGUGAAAGAAUACCAUUAUCGUCAACACUUACAUGCCACCAUCGUUGGAGCUACAAACACACACAGAAAAAACCAUCGUUGUCGCCACCGCACACCACCAUCAUCGUCUCCUGCUGCCCUGCUCACCAUCACUGCAAGCUCCCUCUCUACCUCUCUCAGUUACAUUACACCACCUUCGAUAACUCUCUCUCAUUCGUCAUUCUUCUUCAACACCUGCUCUCCUCUCUCACUGUGUCUUAUCUCCGAUCUGCAAGCUUCGACGGGCCUUUCUGUGCUGCCACCAACAUGA